AAGGGCGUGUCCGCGGCGUGCGUGUACGCGCACUCGAAGGGGUGGACUUUUCCAGGCUAAGUCAGUGAGUGAGAACUACAUCAACUCCCUCGGCCGCGCGCUCCUUCCUAAAACAACACACUUUCGUCACAUUCUUGAUGCCAUCUUCUCCUCGGUGACGUAAGCGUGGCUUGGAGGUGAAACCGGAAGUGGCAACCACAGGAAUCGUCGUCUUUUUCUUUUUUCUUUUCUCUGGUCUGUUUGCAUAGCUCCUUUUCUUUCCGCCAGCCAUGCAGAACUUGGUCCGAAAAGUCUUCUUGACGCACUGCCAAUGCGCGGAGAGCCAGUCCAAAAUGUACGAGGAGUUGUUCGCCAAACUGGACACGAACAAGGAUGGCAAAGUGGACGUUUGUGAGCUGAAGGAGGGCAUCGCUAAUAUGGGCAUCCGGUCUGGGAGAGGAGCAGCACAGAAAAUUGUUUCCUCUGGAGACCAGGACCAAGACGACGGGCUUGACUUCAACGAGUUCUCCAAGUACCUGAUGGAACAUGAGAAGAAGUUACAAUUAACGUUCAAGAGCUUGGACAAAAACAACGACGGCCAAAUAGACUUCAUGGAAAUCAAGCAGUCGCUUGCAGAUCUUGGGAUGGACAUCAGCAAGGAAGAGGCUGAGAAGAUACUUCAAAGCAUUGAUAAAGAUGGCACCAUGACCGUGGACUGGAAUGAGUGGAGGAAACAUUUCCUGUUGAACACCGCCACCAACCUGCAGGAGAUUGUCCGCUAUUGGAAACACACCACGGUGCUGGACAUCGGAGACAGCCUCACCAUCCCAGAUGAGUUCACAGACGAGGAGAAGACCACAGGUGUGUGGUGGAGGCAGCUGUCGGCGGGGGCCAUGGCAGGUGCGGUGUCUCGCACGGGGACCGCCCCCCUGGACAGAAUGAAGGUCUUCAUGCAGGUCCACGCCUCCAAGAGCAACAAAAUCAGCCUGGUCAGUGGUUUCAAGCAGAUGGUGAAAGAAGGAGGCGUCGCGUCUUUAUGGCGAGGAAAUGGUACCAACGUCCUCAAGAUUGCCCCGGAGACCGCCAUUAAAUUCAUGGCUUAUGAGAAGUACAAGACGUUGCUGUCCAGUGAACCGGGGAAGAUCAAGACCCACGAAAGGUUCCUUGCAGGAUCGCUGGCCGGAGCAACAGCACAAACAGCCAUCUACCCCAUGGAGGUGAUGAAGACCAGGUUGACCCUGAGGAAGACGGGCCAGUACUCAGGAAUGUUGGACUGUGCCAAGAAAAUCCUGAAGAAGGAAGGCGUGAAGGCCUUCUACAAGGGUUAUGUUCCCAACAUUCUGGGCAUCAUUCCAUAUGCUGGCAUAGAUCUGGCGGUCUAUGAGAGCUUGAAGAACCUCUGGUUGUCUCGCUACGCCAAAGACACAGCCAACCCCGGCGUGCUGGUCCUGCUGGGCUGUGGCACCGUCUCCAGUACUUGUGGCCAGAUAUCCAGUUAUCCCCUGGCCCUGAUCCGCACCAGGAUGCAGGCACAAGCUUCCCUGGAAGGUGCGGAGCAGCUGCACAUGAAGCAGAUGGUGAAGAGGAUUCUGGACAAGGAAGGCUUCUUUGGACUUUACCGCGGCAUCUUGCCCAAUUUCAUGAAGGUGCUGCCGGCGGUCAGCAUCAGCUACGUGGUGUAUGAGUACAUGCGCUCCGGCCUGGGCAUACAGAAGUAGGAGCGACCACGCGGUACGUUGUUGUUGUUGUUGUUGUCACACUAAAGCAUGCACACAGGGACUAUCUACUGGGGAAUGAGUAAAGUAGUCCACACAUUAAUGUCACCUGGAUCUGGCUUUUAAUGUCAAUGUUGGAGAUGUUUACCAAGUCUUGAUUGAGACAAAAAAAUAAUGAAGAAAACAAGUUCAUUUAAGUCAUGGGUGUCAAACUCUGGGCCGUGGGCCAAAUCUGGCCCGCCGUGUCAUUUCAUUUGGCCCUUGAGGCAAUAUCAAUUUAGCAUUAGAGCUGGCCCGCCGGUGCCGCUGUAACACCGCUAAUAUUCAUACUUGCCAACCCUCCUAAUUUUCCUGAUAGACUCCCGAAGUUCAGUGCCCUUCCCGAAAAUCUCCCGGGGCAACCAUUCUCUCGAAUUUCUACCGAUUUCCACCUGGACAACUAUAUUGGGGGCGUGCACUUAAGGCACUGCUUUUAGUGUUCUCUACAACCUGUCGUCACCUAAUCCACUUUAUUUAUAUAGCACAUUUAAACAAUAAAUAAGUUUCCAAAGUGCUGCACAGCCAUGUGAAGUGAAGUGAAGUGAAUUAUAUUUAUAUAGCGCUUUUUCUCUAGUGACUCAAAGCGCUUUACAUAGUGAAACCCAAUAUCUAAGUUACAUUCAAACCAGUGUGGGUGGCACUGGGAGCAGGUGGGUAAAGUGUCUUGCCCAAGGACACAACGGCAGUGACUAGGAUGGCGGAAGCGGGAAUCGAACCUGCAACCCUCAAGUUGCUGGCACGUCCGCUCUACCAACCGAGCUAAAUAAAAAAUAAAAUAUAUAUAUAUAUAUAUAUAUAUUAUGCUCUACCAAUGACUGAAUAAAAACAAAAAAUAAAUAAAUAUAAAACCUGGGGAUAGGUUGAUUGGCAACACUAAAUUGGUCCUAGUGUGUGAAUGUUGUCUGUCUAUCUGUGUUGGCCCUGCGAUGAGGUGGCGACUUGUCCAGGGUGUACCCUGCCUUCCGCCUGAUUGUAGCUGAGAUAGGCGCCAGCGCCCCCCGCGACCCCGAAAGGGAAUAAGCGGUAGAAAAUGGAUGGAUGGAUGGAAAACCAAUAAAAACAAUAUAAAAACAAAUAUGAUUAAAAACUAUCUUAAAGGGUAAAAUUAAUUAAAACAGUAAAAUAGAAAUCAAAGUGUAUAAAAAACAGAGGACCACACAACUCACGUAGUGUUAAAAGCCAAAGAAUAAAAGUGGGUCUUAAGACGAGACUUAAAACACUCCACUGUGGAAGCAGUUCUAACAUGGAAGGGCAGUGUGUUCCAGAGCUUAGAAGGCCCUGUCUCCCCUGGUCUUAAGUCUGGUCUUGGGCACCACGAGCUGGAACUGGCUCUCGGACCUCAGAGCGCGCGCAGGAUUGUAUAUUUGGAUGAGGUCCGAGAUAUAUUGAGGUGCCAGUCCAUGUAAAGAUUUAAAAACAAACAGCAAUGUUUUAAAAUCAAUCAAACCCCCACUUUUCCUCCAUACUAACAGCGUGUCACAUAAUAUUUGUGCAUUUUACACACACACACACACGUGAAUGCAAGCCUGCAUACUUGGUCAACAGCCAUACAGGUCACACUGAGGGUGGCCGUAUAAACAACUUUAGCACUGUUACAAAUAUGCGCCACACCGUGAACCCACACCAAACAAGAAUGACAAACACAUUUCGGGUGAACAUCCGCACCGUAACACAACAGAACAAAUACCCAGAACCCCUUGCAGCACUAAAUCUUCCGGGAAACUUCCAGCAAACUGACCAAUAAUUAAUGUUUUAUUCAUGCAUUUUCUCUUGCUACUUCAAGGCUUGAAUGUUUGGUUCAUUCAUUAUUGUUAUUUUAUUUUCAAAUGUAUUAUUGAUCCGUGGAAAAAAUGUGAUAUUUACCUUAGAAGAUUGCAAAUAGAAAAAAAGACAUAAAAUGUUUAUUUAAAUUUUAUUUGAGAUGCCAUUGAUAUUCUUUUAAUUAUUAUUAUUACUAUUUGAAACUGGAUUUUGCAUGUCACUAAAGUUAUAUAAGUCUUGCUUGUUCAAUAUUUAAUGCAAACUUGUUUGGGUCCCUAUUAAAAGGUUCAUUUGUUCAGUUUUAAAUGUUGGCCCACUCUGUAUUUGAGUUUGACACCCCUGGUUUAAGUUUUAAAUUGAACUUAGCAAUUAGCACAACUCACGUUAACUUCCGUUGAAAUCAAUGUGGCUUUUUAUUGAUUGUGUACACAAUUCUCCAUAAUGGACCUUUUUUUUUUUUUUAAAAAUACAAAAAUAACUAAAAUGCCAAAGCCAUGUUGUUGAAAUACAGUCCUGGUCAAAAGUGUACAUAGACUUGUAAAGAACAUCAUGUCAUGGCUGUCUGGAGUUUACAAUCAUUUCUACAACUCUUAUUUUUUUGUGACUGGAGCACAUACUUGUUGGUCACAAAAACAUUCAUGAAGUUUGCUUCUUUUAUGAACUUAUUAUGGCUCUACUGAAAAUGUAUACCGUAUUUCCUUGAAUUGCCGCCGGGGCGCUAAUUAUUUCAAAACCUCUUCUCACUUACCACAGACAUUCCGUAAAUUUAAGCCUGCGCUUAUAAAUUUGAGUGUGAUGUAAGGAUACCAUCAUGAAAAGCACAUUUAAUAAAAAAAACAUUAUUAUGGUCUUAUAUUUACUUAUAAAUGAAGUCCAUGUGCAGUUCCUUCUGAUCAAAAGCAUGGAUAACUUGUUUAAAGAAGUCUUCCUUAUCUUUCUUCAGUUUUAAAAGUCUCUCCGUCUCGAUGGAGAUCUUCCUUUAUUACCUCCUGCUUCCAUUGAAAGUCCAGUUUAGAAAACUGUUUUAUUUUAGAUAUGUAAUCCAUCCAUCCAUCCAUUUUCUACCGCUUAUUCCCUUUUCGGGGUCGCGGGGGGCGCUGGCGCCUAUCUCAGCUACAAUCGGGCGGAAGGCGGGGUACACCCUGGACAAGUCGCCACCUCAUCGCAGGGCCAACACAGAUAGACAGACAACAUUCACACACUAGGGACCAUUUAGUGUUGCCAAUCAACCUAUCCCCAGGUGCAUGUCUUUGGAGGUGGGAGGGGCCUAUCCCCAGGUGCAUGUCUUUGGAGGUGGGAGGGGCCUAUCCCCAGGUGCAUGUCUUUGGAGGUGGGAGGGGCCUAUCCCUAGGUGCAUGUCUUUGGAGGUGGGAGGGGCCUAUCCCCAGGUGCAUGUCUUUGGAGGUGGGAGGGGCCUAUCCCCAGGUGCAUGUCUUUGGAGGUGGGAGGGGCCUAUCCCCAGGUGCAUGUCUUUAGAGGUGGGAGGGGCCUAUCCCUAGGUGCAUGUCUUUGGAGGUGGGAGGGGCCUAUCCCCAGGUGCAUGUCUUUGGAGGUGGGAGGGGCCUAUCCCCAGGUGCAUGUCUUUGGAGGUGGGAGGGGCCUAUCCCCAGGUGCAUGUCUUUGGAGGUGGGAGGGGCCUAUCCCCAGGUGCAUGUCUUUGGAGGUGGGAGGAAGCCGGAGUACCCGGAGGGAACCCACGCAUUCACGGGGAGAACAUGCAAACUCCACACAGAAAGAUCCCGAGCCUGGAUUUGAACCCAGGACUGCAGGAACUUCGUAUUGUGAGGCAGACGCACUAACCCCUCUGCCACCGUGUAAUCCUCCAUGUUAAAAGUGCAAGCGAGAGGAAAAAAUAAACGAUCGCUGCUUGUUGUCACUUCUUCUGCAGCCGAGUGAGGCAAAAGUUUACCAAGUCUUGAUUGAGACAAAAAAAAAUGAAGAAAACUAAGUUCAUUUAAGUCAUGGGUGUCAAAUUCUGGCCCGCCGUGUAAUUUAAUUUGGCCCUUGAGGCAAUAUCAAUUCAGCAUUAGAGCGUCGGUGCCGCUGUAACACCGCUAAUACUCAUACUUGCCAACCCUCCUAAUUUUCCCGAUAGACUCCCGAAGUUCCCUCCCCCUCCCAAAAAUCUCCCGGGGCAACCAUUCUCCCCAAUUUCUACCGAUUUCCACCUGGACAACUAUAUUGGGGGCGUGCACUUAAGGCCCCUUUAUUACCUCCAUUUAGCUGAACUGCACCAAUUUUGUGGUUAAAAAUUGAAGCUUGGCUACCAAAAGCGCCUUAUUGCAGGUAAACUUGCCAAGGGACAUGUCAGCAAAUAUUAACAUUGCUGUACGUAUACUUUUGAUUGCUCACAUUUUCAGUAGAAACAUAAUAAAUUCAUAAAAGAAGCAAACUUCAUGAAUGUUUGUUCAGUAUGUGCUCCAGUCACUACAUCACAAAGAUUUGUAGAAAUGAUUGGAAACUCAAGACAGCCGUGACAUGUUUUUUAAAAGUGACCACAGCUGUAUAGAUAAAUAUUUUUAAACAAUACCAAAGUAGUUUCAAGUCCCCAAACAUGUUGUGCCAUGUUUGCAUCUUGCAAGUCAUCUUUUCAAAGUGCACACAUUUGUUGGUUAAAACAAAAAACAUGUAGUCGUGUGCCUUAUGGUUGCCUUAUUUACAUUUAUUUAGUUGUUUACAUUAAUAAAGACCAUUUUCCCUUAUUUACAUUUAUUUAGUUGUUUACAUUAAUAAAGACCAUUUUCCCUUA